AUGGAUGCUAUCGCACAAGAAUUGGACCAACUUGAACUUGAAACUCGAGGGCAACAAGAGGCUACCGGCAGGGGGCUGUUGACCCCACAGGGCGAAACUUCCUCUGCUUGGAAACCAGAUAAUGUCCCCAUUGCUAGCUCUCCGAAUAGUAGCGGCUACGAUAUGACAGAUUCCCUGGACGAAGCCCCUAUAGACUUGAGGACGUUGGUGUACGUGUCUAUUCCUGAACAUCUUAACUGCCCCAUUUGUCAACUCCCUUUUAUCAAUCCGUAUACAACUAUAUGCGGACACACGUUCUGCAGGACAUGUAUUCUGGAAACUUUCAAGUCUCCCCUGGGAAACAAGUGUCCUUUGGAUCGCAUUGAACUGAACUAUAAAGAGGACCGUCAAGAGACUGAAGAGAAAAACUACAACGAUAUAUUCCCUGCCCCUAUAAUAUUGAGCAACAUCACAGACGAUCUUCAAGUGCGAUGUCUGAAUGCAUCUCGUGGCUGUAAAUGGAUAGGCCCUCGCUGGUCCAUAAAGCAACAUCUGGUCAACUCCUGCGAUCACACACGGUUCCCUUGUGAACACAUACUAGACCAGGGACAAGUGUGCGGCCAACUGACUGAACGACGGUUCCUUGGCGAGAAGUGUCCUCACGAGCUGUUUGAUUGCGCAAAGUGCGGCGAGAAAAUAAACAUUGUAACCGAGGAACAUCACUUGAAAAACGAGUGCACAAAGAACUUUCACAAAUGCAAUGGUUGUAAUCUGGAGUUCCCAGAGAAAACGUUUGACAGUCACGAAAGCUAUUGUGAGAAAAUACAUGUUAGGUGCCCAGGGAAGCAGUACGGCUGCGAGUGGAGGGGAAGCAGGGAGGUGCUGUCCCAGAUCCACUCUUCGGAGUGCGUUUUUGUCAAGCUCUCGGGGUAUUUCGAGCUGCAAGAAGCGAAAAUGAACGAUCUGGUCGAUGAAAACAAGAUGCUCAAAUCCCAAAUCUCAACGAUACUCGAUUCUAUCACACAGGGCAAGAUGACUAACCUUGGUUAUUCUUUGCAGCUGGAAGAGAUUAUGGAUCGCGAUCGCAGCACCGAUCCUAGCAGGUUAUUCGAUAACCUGCAGGAGAAGGACUACAUUCAACUCAUGAUGGAAUUUGAGGUUCUCAAGACAGAUCUGAACCGCUUGAGGUCUUUGGCGUCGGAGUUUGAGCUGAAUAAACAACUUGUCACAGCCCUAGCCAACGAGAAUAUUCAGAUCAAAGACGAAUUACACAACCAAACCGCUGCUCUCUCUUCCAUGAGACAGCAAAUACAAUUUAUGUUGUUGGACCGAAGAAGGCUUCGGUCCAAGCUCAUAGACGCAGAGGCCGCGCCCCAACCCAAAGAAUCGUCCUCCUCUGGCCGGUUCACAAAUAAGCUUUAA